AUGGACAAGGAUUUCAUCAAACUGGCUGUAGUGGUGCAGUGCCUACUGGAGAGGGGCCCGGAAUUGAAAAGAGUGGAUUCAUCAUUCAAGAGUAAGGACACCCUCUCCAACCUAACAGAUCCUGUGCUACAGAGAUUUCCCCUGGGUAGAUUCUCAAGCUCCCCAGAGUUGCCUUCUUCUAAGCCACUCCCUUGCUGCAAUAUCUGGGUUUGGGUGGAAAGGAGGGUGCUGCACAGCCCGGCCCUUCUGUGCUAUUUGGGCCGACUCCUCUUUUCAGAACAAAACUGCAACUCGGACCUCAGCUCCAACAUCUGCGAUCUGAAGCAUGAUGGCUGGACUGUAAAAGGAAACAAUGUUCCAGGUCAAACUAAGUCUGUCAAACAGACCCUCACAGUGGUUCUAAAAGGCGUCUGGACAAGUCUUAUCAUGUGGCUUUUCUACUCCCUGAUUCCAUGUUUGCUGACAGGUGAAGUAGCAGCUCUGCCUGCCCCUCAGAACCUCUCUGUACACUCAACCAACAUGAAGCAUCUCUUGAUGUGGAGCCCGGUGGUCCUGGCUGAAGAAACAGUGUACUAUUCUGUCGAGUACCAGGGGGAGUAUGAGAGCUUAUACACAAGCCACAUCUGGAUCCCCAGCAAAUGGUGCUCACUCACUGAAGGUCCUGAGUGUGAUGUCUCUGAUGACAUCACUGCCACAGUCCCAUACAACCUCCGUGUCAGGGCCAUCUUGGGCUCACAGACUUCAGCCUGGAGCAUCCUGGAGGAGCCCUUUAAUCGAAACUCAACCAUCCUUACCCUGCCUGGGAUGAAGGUCUCCAAGGACGGCUUCCACCUGGUUAUUGAGCUGGAAGACCUGGGACCCCAGUUUGAGUUCCUUGUGGUCUACUGGAGGAAGGAGCUGGUCACCAAGGAACAUGACAAAGUGGUGAGGAGGGGGGGCAUUCCUGUGCCCCUCGAAACCAUGGAGCCAGGGGCCCCAUACUGCGUAAAGGCCCAGGCGCUGGUGAAGGCCAUUGGGAGGAACAGUGCCUUCAGCCAGGAAGAGUGUGUGGAGGUGCAAGGAGAAGCUCUUCCCCUGAUGCUGGCCCUGUUUGCCUUUGUUGGCUUCAUGCUGAUCCUCGUGGUUGUGCCACUGUCCAUCUGGAAGAUGGGCCGGCUGCUCCAGUACUCCUGUUGCCCCAUGGUGGUCCUCCCAGACACCUUGAAAAUAACCAACUCACCACAGAAGUUAAUCAGCUGCAGAAGGGAAGAGGUGGAUGCCUGUGCCCUGGAGGUACUGUCUUCUGAGGAGCUCUUCCGGGCGUGGAUCUAGCAGCCUUGGGAAAGGGCCUGGCUGUCAGGAGCUGACAACUUGAUCUCACGACACAGGACUCAAGAAGGGGAGCUGUGUUUCUUUCCUUCAUGGACAAAGGAUGGGAGAAUUGAGGCGCACCUGCUUACCUGCCUGUCUGUGCCUAGAAGCAACUGUCUGGGGCAGAGAGCUUUGGUGGGCAGAACACUGACCAGGGGUCAGGCGGUGUGACCUCUGCCAUUCUGCAGAUGAGUGACUCUGGGGAGAGAGAUUAAUCCCUCUGUGCCUCAAUUUUCUUGUCUGUAAUGGGGAUUAACAGCACACCUGUCAGAUGCUCUCUGUCUUCGACUGUGCUUACACAUACACCUGGCUCCUGCAGGGCUGAGGGGAAGCUAGGAGCCCUGGACACUGCCAUAGACUCAGCUCCUCUGGAGAGCAGGAUGCAAUGUGUAAUGAGAGUGAUCAAGGCCCGCCCUGAAGAGGAAAGGGAGAAUGGGAGCAAGUGCUGGUUCUACUUCAAGCCCAGUGCUUGUGCCCAGGUGGUGGCACUUAACAAACUCCACAGCAUGUGACCAUGAUGAAGACCCCAGCCCCGCUGAACACAGGAUGUGUACAAACACUGAGCCGUGGAACACCAUGGGCUGGGGUCGUGUGUACACACUGAGGUCAGAAGGUAAAAUGUGCACAACUCGAUGGGAGCACAGAAUUACAUCAGCAACAGGUGCAACCCUUGCUGUGCCCCUUUGUCCUGCGGAGUUGCUAAAGGGCAGAGUUGAAAUGAAAUGGGAUCUCCCCAGGUAAUCCUUUUGGUUCAUGGAAAAGAGUGAUCCCCAGGGAUUUAGUUACAUUGUCAGCCUUGAGUCCAGAAAAACCAAAAGGACACCUUUGAGAAGGAGAGUGGGGUGACCCUGGGUAGCAGCUGGAGCAAGGGAGGAGCAGUCUGAGUCCUCUGCAAUAGCCACACCCUGGGAGUCCACAGCCACCGGCUGCCUGGGGUCGGGGUGGGGGGCAGCCUCAGUGCACAAGAACCCCAACUUUGCUGCUUAUCUGCUUCUCCUGGCCAGGGUGCUCCUGGGUGCUUUCUGGAGGCCUCUGUCCACAGGAAAUCCACGGGGACCCUCUUUUCCUAAAACAGCUCGCUCAGGGAUCCUCAGCUCCUUCCAGGCUGUUCAUCCCAAGCCCAGUUCUGGAAGCUCUGCCCAUUUCUCUUCCCGUCAGCUGAAGAAGAGCCACCAUCAGAGAAGGAAUGGAAGGAGGAGUUUCUUGAGGGAUGAGAGACUGAUGAGCAAGGCCUGCACCUUGUUUUUUAGCCCCGACCCCUCCCAGCUCAGGAGCUUCUGCACUGGUUUGUCCCCACUGCCACUUCCUGCAUUCUUUCAACCAGCCUGUGGUGGAGACAGCUAACUGCUUCAGCUAGGCGUUUCCUUCUUGGAGACAGAGGCCAGCCACCCUAGCUCCACCAGGUGGAGUCUCGAUAGACAAAGGGAAGACUCUCUCCCAGGUUAGGAGAUUGCUGAAGAUCUUGCCGUUGUACCAUUUUGUAUGUUUCUGUGUUAAUUUUUUUAUGAAGAGUGUGUGAAUUUCACCUGAACUGGAAACAUAUGUUCAGUUUGCAAAAAUAAAGACUAU